UUUAUUCCAUCAUGAAGCACCGCCGAUGGCACUCGAUCCUCAAUCUGUCUUUUCUCGUUUUUCUCCUCGGAGAAUCCUGGAGCGAAAAAUUCAUCGACGUCGGCAGCAGGUUCAAUUUAAACAAAAGGAACCGCUUCAACGACACGUUCGCUACGUGCGUAGGGGAAAAUUAUUUCUACAUCGAAGACGCCAACACUGAGAAAACGUUCGACCGGAUAUCCUGCGAAAAAUAUCCCAACUACAUCGCGAGAAAAACGCAGCGAAGUUGCUUGAAUGGAACGAUUUACGAAAUUGGAUUUCCCAUGGACAAAUGGAUGAGCGACCAGCUAAUAAAAGAAGAAUUCCACACGGUGAUCGAUCUCUGCCAUGACAACCGUCGAGCUCAUACGAUCUACGCCCACGCAACAAUCCAGUCCACCAUCGACGCAGCCCAAAAAUCCUUCCCGAGAACCUCCUUCCGGAAAGGAAUUUUCUAUUCUUCCAUACCAAUCCACAAGCUCUACGGUCGAGACGUUCAACGUGAAACUAUUGCACAGAUUCUCGGAAGCUGGGAAAUGGCCAAAAAAUACGUACCAGAAAAAGGGCAGUCGUAUUUGGCUCGAGGUCAUUUGGUCGCCAAGGCCGAUUUCGUAUACGGAGCGCAGCAGCGAGCGACAUUUUUUUAUGCGAACGUCGUGCCCAUGUGGCAAAAUAUAAACGCGGGUAAUUGGGCAACGAUGGAGAACAGCGUGAGAUUGUACGCGAGCAAGAGGGACGUAAAUCUGGAGGUUUGGACCGGAUCGAUCGGGACUUUGCGAUUGGAGGACGAAAGGGGCCGGCAGCACGAGAUUUUUCUACACUUCGGUGGACAGCUCAAGCCUGCGGUCCCGGUGCCAAAAGUUCUCUUCAAAGUCGUCUACAGCCCGAGAGACCAAGCCGGAAUCGUUUUUCUCACAGCGAAUAAUCCAUUCCUGAAAAAACUUCCGAAAGAUUACAAAUUGUGCGAGGAUGUUUGCUACAAAAUCGACUACGUCAGUUGGAAACCCGACAACGCCGAACGAGGCUUAUCCUACUGCUGCGAAAUCGACGAUUUCAGACAAGUUUUUCACGCUCUCCCCUGCCUCGGAGUUGUGCGACUUUUACUGUGAUCGCGGAAAUGACGCAACGGGCUGAGGAGCGACGACGAUCGAACUCUUCUGAUAUCGAACGAGAAAUCUUCCGAUCGCGAUGCUUCCUCGAGAGAAAAUGACCAUUUUCUUCUCGAUCGACGACGUUUUAUCGAAAAUUUUAA